AUGUUUAGAGACAGAACGAACCUCUUUCUAUCAUAUCGGAGAACAUUCCCGCACAACCACCGACAUCAGAAGAGCAAUGCACAUGAGAGUUUUUUUGACAUUGAAGAAGGUGGACUUGACGAAUCUUUUCCAAUGAUCAACAUGGGUGAGACUUCUCAAGGCCCGUCUUCUAGAUUCACGGAUCUUACACAGGAAAUCGACGGCAAUCUCAAACAGGCCGAGUCACAGAUGCUACAAUUGACCAAGUUGUACCGCAAAAAUUCUUUGCCUGGCUUUGAAGACAAGGCAGCUGACGAACAGGAAAUUGAGGAUUUGAGUUUUAGAAUAAUUCAAUUCUUCCAACGCUGCUACACAAUCAUAAAGUCCUUGAAGUCAAUAAGCUCUGCACAAGUUUUUGAGGGCUAUCCUCUUAGCCGAGGCGACUUAUUAGUUUUGGACAAUUUGGAAAAGAAUUAUGCUAAUAAGAUCCAGAUAAGUUCUAACAAGUUCAGGAUGCUCCAAAACAACUAUUUGAAAUUUCUGAACAAAGAUGAUUUCAAGCCGUUACCGCGCUCCUCUACCGAUGCAGAUGCCUUACUUGUAUUAGAAGAAGAAGAGGAAGCAAGUGGCUCCACACAGCAGGAAAUAGACUCGUAUUCACGCCAAACGCUACAACGACAGACUCACAGACAAACACAAGGCAAAAAUCUACAGUUUUUGCAGCAGCGAGAAGAAGAAAUAACGCUGCUUGCUCGUGGAGUUUUGGAGGUUAGCACCAUUUUCCGUGAGAUGCAAAGUUUGGUUAUCGAUCAAGGUACUAUAAUCGACCGCAUCGACUAUAAUCUGGAGAAUACGGUGACCGAGUUAAAAGGCGCACAACGCGAACUAGAGCGUGCUACAGUCUACCAAAAGAGAACUCAAAAAUGUAAAGUUAUCCUAUUGUUAUCCCUGGUGGUCAUGACAUUGUUUUUUUUGUGA